AUGGCUGUCUCGAACGGUCAAUCCAACGGCAAAGGCAAAGUCGCCAGUAUCACAUCCCAGCUCGAAACACUCGGAAUCUCAAAUCUGCCCGCGCCUGAGGGUGUCCAACUGUAUCCGGAUCGCAACCCAGUGGACGUCUAUCGUUCGAUUGUCAUAGAUCAGAUUCAUCAAAUUACUGGAGUGGAGCCGGCGAUUGUCAACAAUGCCGUGCAGUGGACGCAAGAUCUCAAACACGGAGAUCUGGUGGUACCGGUGGCAGCGCUCAGAUUGAAGGGCAAGAAGCCCGAUGAACUGGCCAAGGAAAUCGCGGCCAAAUUCAAGUCGCCGAUCAUCGAGGAGCCCACUGCCGAUAAGGGGUUUGUCCGCAUCUUCUUCAAGCCUGAGACACUGGCCAAGCUGGUCGUUCCUGCCAUUCACAAGCAAAAGAGCAACUAUGGCUGGAAUCCGGCAUUGGGGCUUGAGGAUCCUUCAAACCCUAAUAGCCGCAGGAAGAAGGUCAUUGUGGAGUACUCGAGUCCGAACAUUGCGAAAGAGUUUCACACUGGGCAUUUGCGAAGCACCAUCAUUGGCGGUUUCCUCAUCAAGCUGUAUGAGCGCGCAGGAUGGGACACUGUUUCGAUGAAUUACUUGGGAGAUUGGGGCAAGCAGUAUGGCGUGCUUUCCGAGGGAUUCGAGAAGUACGGCAAUGAGGAGGCACUGCAGAAGGACCCAGUCAAGCACCUGAAUGAAGUAUAUGUCAAGAUCAACCAGGACAAUUCAGCAGAGCAAAAGCCGGCAAAGGUUUUGCGUGAGAAGAAGGAGGAGCUGGAGAAGGUGAAAAAUCCACCCAAGCCGAAGAAGCCCGCCAAGGGCAAGGAAAGUGAAGUGCCCCCUGAGCCCAAAUGGACUGAUGAGCAGGAGCAGGAGCUGCAGAAAGUGACGGCAGAGCUGGAGAAAGUAGAGCAAGAGCUCAUCGACCUGCCCAGCAUCGACGAGAAGGCGCGUAGGUUCUUCAAGCGGAUGGUUGACAGUGACGCACAAGCUCUGCAGAACUGGCAGCGUUUCAGGGAUCUUUCCAUCGAGGCAUACAGGCACAUGUACGCUCGUCUCAACAUCCAUUUCGACGACUACAGCGGCGAAUCGACGGUCAAAGAAGAGGACAUGGAGACGGCAGCGCAGGUGCUUGCUGAGAAGGGCAUCAGCGAGGACAGCAAGGGCGCCAAGAUUGUCGAUCUGGCGAAGCACGGGGCACCGACACUGGGCAAGACGUUGGUCAAGAAGAGGGACGGAACAUCACUCUACCUCACGCGUGACAUCGCGGCCAACUUCGAGCGUUAUGAGAAGUACAAGUUUGAUCAGAUGAUCUAUGUCAUUGCUUCUCAGCAAGACGUUCAUGUCAAGCAGUUCUUCAAGAUCUUGCAACUGAUGGGACCACCUUACAGCGACAUUGUCUCCAAGUGCAACCACAUCAGCUUCGGAAUGGUCAAGGACCCGAGCGGACAAACGAUGAGCACUCGGAAAGGCACGGUCGUGUCGUUAGCGGACAGUCUCGACAACGCACAGGAGUUCAUGCACGAUGUAAUGAGGAAGAACCAGGAAAAGUACGAACAGGUCGAGGACCCCGAAGGAACAGCGGACAUCCUUGCCAUCUCGGCUAUCAUGGUUCAGGACUACAGUGGCAAGAUGGUCAACGGUUACAACUUUGACAUGAAGAAGAUGACCAGCUUCGAGGGCGACACUGGGCCUUACCUACAGUACUCGCAUGCUCGUCUCAACUCGAUCAAGCGCAAGGCGGGCAUCUCCGAAGAGCAACUUCUCGAGGCGGAUCUCAGUCUGAUCACGGCCAAGGAAGGCAUCCAGCUCAUCCGCUACCUCGCGCAGUGGCCCGAUGUCUUCCUCAACACGUACAAGACCAGCGAGCCCGUGACUGUGCUCACGUACCUGUUCAAGAUGACACACCAGCUGAGCUCGUGCUACGAUGCCAUCGACCGGGAGAACAAGAACGCCAAGACGUUGAGUGUGAUGUACGCGGAGACACCGGAGAAGAAGGUUGCCCUGAUGGCGAUGUAUGAGGCCGCUCGGAUCGCGCUGAACAACGGAAUGCAGCUCCUGGGUCUCACGCCGGUGGAGAGGAUGUAA